AUGCCUCUCCGCCUUCGAGUCGACGGAACCGUCUUCCGUGAUGGCCACAAUCGCGAGGUUACUCUACACGGAAUUAACGUCGCUGGCGACGCCAAAUACCCUCUGAACCCGGACCAAUGUUCGCAUAUCAAAGACAAGUUCUUCGAGGGCGACGACGUCUCUUUCGUCGGCCGACCCUUCAGCCUCGACGAAGCCCAUACGCAUUUCGACCGUUUGAAGAGAUGGGGAUACAACACAAUUCGUUACAUCUAUACUUGGGAGGCCAUCGAGCAUGCUGGUCCUGGAAAGUACGAUGAAGAAUGGAUCCAGCACACCAUCAAGGUUUUGCGCCUGGCCAAGAAGUACGGCUUCUACGUCUUCAUGGACCCCCACCAAGAUGUCUGGUCAAGGUACACCGGUGGCUCAGGUGCUCCCAUGUGGACCAUCUAUGCCUGCGGUCUGAAUCCUCAGGCUUUCCUCGCAACCCAGGCUGCUUUUGUUCAGAAUACAUGGCCGAACCCUGCCGAUUUCCCUAAGAUGGUCUGGGCUACCAACUACCAACGCCUUGCCUGUCAGACUAUUCUCACUCUCUUCUUUGCUGGCAAAGAGUUUGCUCCCAAGGCUGUGCUGGACGGCAUGAACAUCCAAGACUAUCUCCAAGGCCACUUUCUAGGUGCGAACAAGAUUCUGGCCCAGCGCAUAANNAAAGAAGCAGGCGAUCUCGAAAAUGACGUUGUUAUCGGAUGGGAGAGCAUGAACGAACCGAACAGAGGCUACAUUGGCUGGGAGGAUCUGUCCAAGUGGCCAGCAGAUCAGAACCUGAAGAAGGGUCCUGCACCAACAGCCUUCCAGUCUAUGCUUACGGGUCUCGGUAGGGCGGUGGAGCAAGACACUUUCGAUUUCGGUAAUUUUGGUCCUUACAAGUCUGGUAGUGAGCUCGUCGACCCCAAGGGAGAAAUCGCGUGGUUGCCCGCAGGCUACGACGACUCACGCUACGGCUGGAAGAGAGACCCCGGAUGGAAACUAGGAGAAUGUCUCUGGGCCCAGCACGGAGUCUGGGACCCCAAGAACGACAAGCUGCUGAAGAAGGACUACUUCUCAAAGGUGCCUGUCUCGGGCGAGACAAUCACACAUGAGUACUACACCAACAACUUCUGGUUGAAUCACUAUCGCGCAUACAGAGAUACGAUCCGAGGCAUCUUCCCUGACACAAUUAUGUUCUGCCAGUCUUCGCCGUUUGAGGUGCCACCAUCAAUCAAGGGCACCAAAGACGAUGAUCCCCAGAUGGUCUUCGCCCCUCACUUUUAUGACGGUAUCACCCUCAUAACAAAGAAAUGGAACCGAUUCUGGAACGUUGAUGUAGUUGGCAUUAUGCGUGGCAAGUACUUGAGUCCUGCCUUUGCGGUCAAAAUCGGAGAGAGCGCUAUCAGAAACUGCUUCCGUGACCAACUCAAAUAUCUGCGCGAAGAGGGCGAAGAGAAGAUGGGACCUCGCCCUACAGUUUUUACCGAGAUUGGUAUUCCGUACGACAUGGACGACAAGUACGCGUACAAGACCGGCAAUUACACCAGUCAGACGCUCGCAAUGGACGCGAAUCAUUUCGCUCUCGAGGGUUCCGGGGUAGCGGGAUUUACACUUUGGACAUACGUACCGUCAAACAACCACUACUGGGGCGACAACUGGAACGGCGAGGACUUGUCCAUCUACUCUGUCGACGACAAGCAACUACCGACAUCUCCUGAGGUCGACAGUGCAACAUACAACCCAGAGUCGCCAUCGUAUUCAGAAGGUAGAACAUCCGGAGACGCAUCGGUCAGCCCAUCAAUACUGAAGCGCACGUUAUCUGUAGAUCGAAUGAGCGCCUCGAAGACACCUUCCAUCAAUUCAGAUGGCGUGGGCAUGCGUGCAGCUGAAGCCUACGUGCGACCAACUCAAACAGCGACACACGGCCGCGUCGUGUCUCACGGCUUCGACCUCAAAAAUUGCGUCUUCCAUCUGACCCUCUCUGCGUCUAGCUCGACGUCCGAAGAUGCGCCUACCGAGGUCUUCUUGCCAGAAUAUCACUUCCCGCAGGGCAAGACCGAAAUCGAGGUGCUUGGAGGAAAGUGGAAAAUUAGUGUGGAUGAGACCGAAGGUGCAUCACAGCAAGUGCUGAGAUGGUGGCAUGCAGCAGGCGAGCAAAAAUUGACUGUCAGGGGUCUCAAAAGACGGCAGGGCACAGCGAUUGGGCAUGAAGCCGAAGCAGGAUAUCUGGACCAGUGCAAAGAGACUGGCAAGGCUUGCGUUAUGAUG